AUCAUUGAACGUCAGAAUCAACAGCUGUACAGUGAACUGCAGUUAGCAGUCAGCAGUAGACAAUAAUUGUUCGUGUAGAUUGUGUUUAAUUUUACGAUAUUAAUUCUAUAGUGAACGACAUGUCCAAUGAAAACACUUUAAAUAUACAAUAUGUACAUGAAAGUUUUCAGAGAAGUUUGAAAGAAGACGACGAUGUGAUUAUAGACGAUUAUAUAGAAGGUUACAAUGAACUAGUAAAGUUCCUGAAUCUCAUCGGUUCAGUUUUUUCUUUUGUAAGCAGCGAUGUGCGAAGUAAAAUAAAAAUUAUGGAGAAACAUCGCGAAGGCGAUGAUUCUCUUUACUUUGAAUCCUUUAAGAAAAUGAUGAAAUAUGAAAAGGAAACAAGCUUACACGAAAAGAAUGGCUACGUUUCUGGAUCGAGGACAAUGCUGAGAUUACACAGAGGCUUAGAUUUUAUACGUCUGUUUCUUAAGAGACUGAGUGAAGCUGAAGAGAGUAUGAACACAUGUACAACAUGUCAGAACUCAUACAAUGAAACACUUGCUGCAUUCCAUCCCUGGUACAUACGGAAGGCGGCCACUUUAGCUAUGCAUGCUUUGCCUUCACGACCUGAUUUAUUAAAGAAGAUAUUCGGAACGGAAGAACAACUUGCGGAGGCUUUAAAUAUUUUACCACAGACUCUACAAUCAUGUGAUGAGGUUUACAACCGGGUCGAGAAAUUGUACACAGAUUUCGAUUUCCACGGCCUGCCGUAAAUGGCCUAUUUAAAGAAUAAUAAAGAAAGCUAUUUCAUAAGUAACGGUAUUCCAAACAAAAACAAGCAACGCCCUCCUUUAACAGCUUCCGAGCUUUAGUGAUGGCAAAAUAUUUGAAUAAGUUGAAAGUGAUAUUAAAUUAAAACAAUAUAGAGAUGUAAAUUUUUAAAACAUUAUUUAAUUCCUAAUAUUGUUUAUCUAUUUUUUUUCUUAUAAUAAAGAUAUUGAAUAUCCGAUAUUGGAUUAUCUACAUAAUAAUACAAUUAUUUGAUAAAACACUAUACAGAUAAUAAUAAAAUACGUAACAAUCAUAAUCCUGUCAAUGUAUUUUCUAAUCAGUAAUGAUAUGCUAGUCAAAUUAUCAAAUAUGCAAAAAUAUUGUAUUAUAUGUGUAUUUACUAGACCAAUUUUCAUAAAAUUGCCUGUAGAUUUUAGGUGUAAGUGCUUUUCUUUUUACUAUUUUCAUAUAAGUGAUCUCAGGUAAACAGUUGUAAGCUCUUAUGAGGACUAUACUGACAGAGAAAUAUUAAUUUUAAUAUAUAAAUUGCUCAUUAGGAGUCUGGUGCGUGUUAUGUUUAUACUUACGUCUCAGUGAGAGUUUUAAAAAAGUAUUUAUAAAACAUGUUGAGCUCAAAUGUAACGUUGCUCAUAACCUAAAAAAUGUAGUCUGUUGAAAUUUAAAAGAUUUUAUCCGGUAUUUACACUCUAGCCUCGUACCUCGUCUUGUGCUUCGUCUCGUAUCACAGUUCGCACUGCGGACGCGAGCGCUGCAAGGCGCGAGACAAGACGCGAGCGACUAUUUACAUUCUCACCUUGUGCCUCAGCUCGUGCCUCGUUUCGCGAUCCGUACGCGAGUGUAAAUACCGGGUUAUAGUUUUAUUUGUUGGCUUGAAUGCUUUUUGUUUUGUUAAAAAUAAUGUAUAUAAGCUUCUGGUAAUGUUUUUGGUAAACUUCAUAAACAUUCUGUUUUUAUUUUAUUUGUAAGGCUUAGCUGUUUAUUAUUACAGUAUUAAGUAGAAAUUUAUUAUGAAAAAUUUCGAUGAACUUAUGUAUAAUUUUGUAUUUUUGUCUCGUAGUAAUAUACAUUCCCGUUUUGCUACCUUA